AUGCCUCGAAAUAUUGAAAUAAAAGCUCGUAUUGAUAGUAAUUUAAAUGAUUUAAUUGAACGAGUUCGACCAUUUGCUGAUGGUCCUCCACGUCAAUUGACUCAAAGUGAUACAUUUUUCAAUUGUCCAACUGGUGGUAGACUUAAAUUACGUGUUGAACAAGAUUCUCCUGCUCAAUUAAUCUAUUAUGAACGAAAUGAUACAUCAUCAUUAUCGACUCCUAAACUUUCAACAUAUUCAAUUGCACCUAUAAUGUAUCGAAAAACAUGUUUUCAAUGGGGAUUUUAUGAUCCUCAAAUGGCUGGUUCUAUUGAUGGAACUGAUUUAAUUCCACAUGAUCGUGCUAUAAUACGUGCUUAUAAAUCAAAAUAUAAACCUCCGAAUAAUUUUUCUUCAACAUUAUUUAUUGGACAUAUUCCACCAUCAUGUACUGAAGAUGAUUUAAAACAAAUAUUUCCUACGGCAACUCAUAUUGAUCUUAUUCGAGAUAUUGUUACACGAGAAUCGAAAGGUUAUGCAUUUCUUACUGGACAAAUUGAUAGAAAAAAAGAAUAUAAAUUUAAUGGACAUUUAUUGUUAAUAGAAGAUGUUGCAUCAAAAAAACUUACUGGUUGGAAACCAAGACGAUGUGGAGGUGGAUUAGGAGGAAAAAAAGAAUCAGGGCAAUUAAGAUUUGGAGGAAGUCAAAGAUCAUUUAAACAACCAUAUUAUCUUAAUGAAAAUAUUAAACAACGAUGGAAAUAUUUAGAAAAACAAUGACAUUUUCUAAAGGACAUUCUUGACGGAUACCGUAUUCGUGGACAAAUCAAUAAAACUCGAACAUUAUUUUUAACAAAACAUGGACAAACACGUAUACAUAUUGAUCAAGUUAAAGGUUUAGAACCCACACUAUUUAUUGAACUUGAAGUUGUUCUACAAGAUAAUCAAACAAUUGAACAAGGACAAGAAAUUGCAAAAGAUUUAUGUGAAAAAAUAGGCAUUGAAGAAAAAAAUCAUAUUAAAUGUGCUUAUAUCGAUUUAUUAUUAAAACAGAAUUCAAUUAAAGAUAUUAAAUAA